GCUGAGGCAGCCAAUAGCAGCCAGGGAAGCGUUGAGAAAUAAUUACCUGCCUUGAUUGUUCUAUGGCUAGAUAAAAAAGUACACAUACACUCCAUAUAAUAAUCGGAUGCAUGUAAAAGAGUCGGGGAGGCUUCGACAUGUCGACCACGGGUCCCAUAAGUAAUUAUUAUGUGGACUCCUUGAUCAACCAUGAGAACGAGGAUGUCCUUGCUGCAGCUCGGUUCUCGGCUCCCGGUUCGCACCCAGCCGGCCCUCGUCCGACGUCCCUAGUACCGGAGUGUGCCGACUAUCCUUCCUGCAGCUUCGCACCCAAGCCACCCGUCUUCUCCACCUCCUGGACCCCUGUACACUCCCAGUCAUCAGUGGUUUACCAUCCAUACAGUCACCAACCUCACUUAGGCACAGACUCGAGGUAUAUGCGGUCAUGGCUGGAGCCGAUUUCAGGCGCCGUGCCUUUCCAUGGCUAUCCGGGGAACAGCAGGCACUAUGGGCUGAAGCCCGACGCCUUUCAGGAGCACAGAGCCGCCGAGUGUCUCGGCUCCAGCGGACGGACCUACACGGAUUAUCUGUACUGCUCAUCCACUGACAUGCGAGACAAGACGCAGCAGAAUAUCCCCUCUCCCGAGUCGGAGCUCCUGGCUUCAGGGAAACAUAAAGACGAGAAGCCGGAGCUAGAUCCGAAUAAUCCUGUGGCAAAUUGGAUACACGCCCGCUCCACGAGGAAGAAACGAUGCCCUUACACAAAGUACCAGACUCUCGAACUGGAAAAGGAGUUUUUGUUCAAUAUGUACCUAACUAGAGACCGCCGAUUCGAGGUCGCGAGGGUCCUGAAUCUGACCGAGAGGCAGGUCAAAAUCUGGUUUCAGAACCGGCGAAUGAAGAUGAAGAAAAUGAACAAAGAAAAGACCGACAGCAAAGAACAAUAAUGUGGACUGCAGUCAGAGAAACAAAACCAUAAUAACCACUAGUCACAUGGACAGCACAGAUGUACCAAAACACACGAUGAUGCCCCCCUCUCCUCUUCAUAUUUAUCACUUUGUUGGAUUUUUGUAUUAACCUUAACUUCGAGACUGUUUGAUGCUGACUAUGUUAUUUUCCAGUGCACAUUUAUGUCUCCAACCUUAAGGGAAAAAAGAGAGGAAAGAAAAAAACAAACUUCUAAGGAGAUAAUUACAUUCUGCUUUCACUUCGAAAUACCUUUGUUUUUUUUGUAAGAGAAAUUAUACAAGUGCAGUUUUGGACACGUUAAAACUGUCUGAAGAAAGAGAAUACUUGAAUUCUUUUGAAUUUCACAAACCCAUAAUUUAUGAUGUGAAUGUUUUAUCUUUCAUGUUUUAUUUCCUUUGUACGUUGUUGUGCAGGUGUAGUAUUUUGUACAGAAACAGAACAUCUGCGAUCGGACUCGUCUGUCUUGUAUUUUUGUGAUAGUUGUUGCUGUAUUUGUGCAUCUCUCCCUUUUUUGAUUGUAGCCUUUAACUAUAGAGUGUAGAUAUAGACCUCUGCAAAUAUAAACAUAAUCACUA